AUGUCCACGUUCAAUGAAAGCAAGUGCAACUAUACGACCCUGCUGACCGAUUGCCACCUGGAGGCGCUGAAAAAGGAACUGCAUCUGCGUGAACGGAUUGUGAUUUUUAUCCAGCAGACGGAUUUGUGGGAGCUGGUGAAGCAGGUUUGUGUCCGAUUUCACGAGCGGUUCGUGCGCGGGAACAACGAACAGGAUUUGCUGCUGGGGCCGUUGGUGGUGCCGCUGGAGUUUAGCUAUAACGCGCUGAGGAAGUUUGACGAACAGGUUCUAUCCCAACUCAUUCGAGAACCGACGUACUGUGAAAAAGCCUUCCGGGAGGUUAUUCUUAGCAUCGCCAAUACCAUCUUCACCCGACUCGAACCUCCGUUCCGUAUCCGACUGGAGCAGAUCUACUGCCGAUUGCGGAUCAAGUUACCCCCACAGGAGCGCUACCUAUUCCGUACCCAGCCACAGAACGUACCAAUCGGGUUGACGGUUUUCCGCUGUGUAGUCCAAGGCUACAGUUCCCCUCAAACCUACAUCCUUCAAUCUAUCUGGCUGUGCCCAAACGAUCCCCACCUAGUCACCAUAACCGGCGAAAUCAGACGAGCUCCCAAGUGCGACGAGUGCGGUACGACGCUGCAGGAACAUCAACGAAUUCGGUCCGUUUCCGAUUACUGCACCGUUCGGGUGUUCUCCGUCGAGAGCUUGCAGACUCCGGUCCAGGUCGGACGAAUCUUCCAAAGCAUUUCGGUGCGGUUGGCGGACGAUCUUUGUCAACAGCUGCGACUGGGUUACGAGUACGCCAUUACCGGAGUGUUCAAUCCGGUUAAUCAGCUGUUUAACGCGUGGGCCGUUGAGGAGAUUUAG